AUGGGGCUUUCUCCAAAGCAGACCACGCUUAGAGACAAGAUGCAAUAUAAGAAGGAAGGGAUGAGCUCUCCGCAGGACUCCGAACUCUCCGCACCACAAUCCUCACCCUACCCGGCCUCCCCUCCCCCCGGGGACUCUGCGGGACUCGGUGUGGGGCGCUGGAAAGCUAAGGCUGUUUGCAAACAGGCAUCCUCUGCCUCCCUCCGGGAUGUACAUUCAGGCCCGGGUAAGAAGCCGCACUCGGCCCCGCCCGGAGCAAACCCGAAGGGCGCCGGGGCCGCCGCCAGCCUCCUCUUCACACACCGGGCCGCGCCGGAACCGAGGCCGGGGCGAGUGUUCCUGACAGCUCGGGGCCUAGUCGCCCCCCACGGGCCUCGACCUCCCGAGGUACGCGGGGAGGAAGGGUUGAGGCCCCAAAGCCGCCGGGUGGAGGCAGCCGCAGUGGCAGGACGGUUGGCGCCGCACUCACCUCGGCUGCGGCCGCCUUCGCUUCACCAUGGCCUGGGGGAGUCGUCCCUGAGCCGAAAGUCUCCUCCCCGGGAGGGCACCGGCGCGGCCACAGGCGCCGCCGCAAAGCCUCGCACUCCUGAAGGGGCUGUGGUCGCUGCUGCGGCUGCGGCGGCGGCUGCUGCUGAGGCCCAGUGCCCGCCCAGCCGCAUCGGCUCCCGGGCCGCCGCAGCCACGCGGGUCCCAGUGAACACCGCUGAGCCGGGCGGGGGGCACAGGCUGCGGUGGGACGACCAAGGUGCUGCAGGCGGUGAUCCUCCGCAAAGCCUCCAGCGUCGCGGUGGCCGCUCCAGCCGCCCGCGACGCUGGGCCACAGCGCCCCCUGGGCCCCAGGUCCCGCUACGGCGCCGGUACUGCGGCUGCGGCUGCCGCUGCCGCGCCGAGCACGAGCGGCAGGGAACGCGAAGGAGCGCGGCCUCGGGGUGGCUGGGGCCCCGCGCGCCCUGCGCCGCCCUCCGUCCGCUUCUGACGACGCUUCCUGGGAGCCGGAAGCCCGCGGUUCCCACCAACCCCUGGCGGUCCCCACCCCUGUCAGACCCCAGCACCUUAUCCUUCCCUACAGAAGAUGAUUCUAGGGGGUUAUUUGGCUCCUGAGCUCUAGUGGAAUCAGCGGAUUCUGUUGCAACUGCAUCACAGUCUACCUUCUUCCUCUGCCCAGUCACAGGUC